ACAAAUGUUUUCCUUUCAGCGCUUGAUCCACCCAGUUAUCUUGUUGGGUAUGUAACUGGUGAUACGUCUAUCAAACUCUCCUGGGAAGUUAAAUCUUCUUCAAACAAUACAGUGUUUGAGCUAAGGUGGAAAAUAGGCGACAACGAAUCGUCUAUGUUGCUUCCCGGUUCAACUGGAACUAUCACACUAAAGAAUCUCCGAGUUUACACUCAGUAUCUCUUUCGAGUAAGAAAAGGUACUGUGGAUGGCACUUGGGGUGCAUUUACAAAGUACACAAGUAUCUGGACCCCGGAGGGAGGUAAGAAUAUGAACGGUUAUGACAAAAAAAAGCGUUAAUUGGUCUAUUCUCAGACCUUCUAUUUUUUCUUUAAAGAUCGUUCGGCGCAGGUAUGAACCGCGUGAGAUUGAUUACCUGCCAGCGCAAAGGGGUUAAGUGGGUAAAUGCCACUCUCGUUCUCGCGUGUUCAAAUACCCGGAAACAGGUAAAUAAAUAAAGAAAAGAAGAACACGUCUAUGGACAGGCUAAGUGUUAACAAGACAAAUCAUUAUUCUUUAGAAAAGGGAAAAAGCCCAAAAAUAUUAAAUCGUAGGCAUGUGCACCUCAUCUCAUAUGUGCAAAUAUGGAGGCCAUAUAGGAAGGGUUACGCCUGCAAUGAAUGAUCAGAUUUCUGGCAUGCUCCGAAUAUGUCUCAUUAUCAGCCUCAGGUCAAAAGUGUACCACUUUUCCUUUAAACUGCUUGGAUUAAAAAGGGAUUGGAUUGGAUUAAAAGGAUCUAUGUUUUGUUAAAGGGAUAAAACUAUCAAAUAAUUUGCUUUGUCGUCAAAAGAAAGUUUAAUUUUAUGAGUGUGCAAAGUUUGUCUCACCAGGAAAAGACGCUACGACUAUGAAUUAAGCGUCAAACUUUUCAGUCUUCGCCCGUAAUUUUAACAGUCUCAUUUCUCCAAACUUCAUUCAAUUUCAUAUGCCAUUUUUAUUAUUGGAAUGUUGCAAAAUUUGAUUUAGAAACAUCUUAGUUAAGUACAGUAAAAACCCGCGUAUAAGAACCUAACAUUUAAGAACCUGUUAGGCUAAAAUUUCAUUUUUAAGCACCCUUCACAUAAGAACCAUUUUAGGCUAAAAUCCUAAAACAGGUUCUUAUUUUCAAAAAAAAUAAAACUUUACCAUAGGUUUGACUGUAACAGAAUCAGAUUAAAAUAGUAUAGUAUUUUGCUUAACGAAGCCUCCAAGAAUACUGUUUUUGGACAUUAAACACCAGAUCAUUUAAAAAUUCAGCUUUAUUUCCUGAACAAAAGUUAAGAACCUAGUUAGCCUAAUUUUACACUAAAUACCAUUUAUAUAAGAACCUGUUUAGGCUAACUUGGAAAAACCUAGGUUCUUACACGUGGGUUUUUACUGUACCUAUUGAGGCACAAGGAGAAAGUAAAAUUACGCAUGUUUUACUUAAUAUUAAAAUAUGAACUGAACUAAUCGCUAUCUAUUUUGUAAUAGUACCCACAGCCCCGCCAGACAAUGUGACAGCAUACAACACCAGUUCCUUCAGCAUUAUGGUGUUUUGGUCGCAAGUUCCCAGUCCCUACCGUAACGGCCUGGUGGUUGGUUACAAAGUCUGCUAUAAACGUGCCGAUAUCAUUGAGAGUGUGUUGUACUGCAUAGCUGUUUAUGCCCUGGGGAUGGAAAUUGGGGGAUUGAAAACAUAUACACCUUACUGGAUCACAGUCCUGGCUUACACUACCAAGGGCGAAGGUCCAACGAGUAAACCUCUAUUGGUGUGGACCGAUGAGCACGGUGAGUGAAAUUGUCAUAAAAUUUUUGUCAACAAAGUUUUUAGAUUCAAAACUUAGCCGAGGCAAGACAACGAGCAGUUGUCCCAACUCUUCGACGGGCUAAAUUUAUCGCGAAUCUUGCCCACGUUAACAAUGGUGGCUGUCGAAUUAUGUUUUAAACGAAGUUAAUGGAAAUUAACAAAAAAUCUCUGGUGAACAAUUAAGAAAAUCAAAGGAAAGCUCUAAGAAGUCUACAAGGAGUGUCUCCAGAAGUAAAAAGUAACCUUACUUCCUACUGGCUGAGGCCAGACAAACAGGCUGACUUACUGACUGACUACUGACAGAGUGACUGACUGACCUACUGACAGACUGACUGACUGACCUACUGACUGGCUGACAGACAGACUGACUUGUGACUGACAGACAGACUGACUGAUUGACUGACUGACUGACUGGUGACUUACUAACAGACUGACUGACUCACUGACUGAAUAACUGACCGACUAACUGACGGACGGACAGACUGACCAACUGACUGACUGAGGGAUGAACCUUUUGUUUCUGAUACUAAGAAGUGAUGGUGCAUUUCAGUUUCCGAUUUUCUUUGUCUUUCAGUUCCGUCAGCAGCGCCGAAAUUAUUGUCUUUUUCAUCCAACAUCACUGCAAUCAAAUUUUCUUGGGCCCCAAUACCUCAAAAGCACGUUAACGGAAUCUUGCGUGGUUACUACGUCAUCUACUGGCAGUGGCCGCGGUCGUCUCCUGACAAUCUUGUGAUUCAAGUGAACCAGUCAACUCUCAGCGUGGUCAUUACAGGUCUCCAGGAAAACACCACAUAUGGGAUACGCCUGGCAGGGCUUACUAAAGUCAGGGGUCAUAUUAGGAAUGGCGCUCUUAGCCAUACUUAUAAUGUUACUACAAAGUAUGGUAAGGAGAAAUUAUGUUGAUAUUUCUCGUCAAUUUAAUGUUGAACUUUUUUAUCACUUUGUCAGAGUCACGUGCCUACUUUUUCUGCGAACAUCAAAUCGGCAGAUAACAUCUCUCUAUCAACAUUAAACAACAGCAUUAUACCUAACUGACUGGAAGGGGCGCUAUUCCGGUAAAACUUAGGUCUUUGCUGGAAAAUAGGGGCAGAACAAACAUCGGUGAUUGUUGUUUAAAAUCUCUAAUUUUGAAGUUUAUGAUUGGCGGUAUUAAGAUUACAACGGGGAUAAACUUUUUUUUUGUUGAAAUUAUUUUAGUUGGAGAGUAAGCGAUUUGUGUCUACAGAAAGAAAGUAUUAGAUCAAGUAGAGAAUGGGGGAGAAAUAAUCAAACUAACCGCUGCUCGAUUAGCUCAGUUGGGAGACCUCCGGUCUGCUAAGCGGUGGGUCGCGGGUUCAACCUCCGGUCGGACCAACACUCAGGUUCUUUACCGAAAUAACUGAGAAGACAGUGCUACCUUUGUAAUGGCAUAAGCACACGGUAAGACUUUCUAGUCUUCUCGGAUAAGGACAAAAAACCGUAGGUCUUGUUUCACAGCACUCUCACUUAUCAGGUUCUAGUAGGAUGGAAAAGAACCCACACCACUGUUCGAAAAGAGUAAGGGACGUAAACGCCGGUAGUGUGGCCAACCUUUCCUGGGCUGGGUGGGUUAUCUGUAAGGAGAUAUCUGAAUAUAGGGAUAACCUUAUGUUCCUCCUUUAGAUGUCGUAAUGGCUACCUGUAAAUAGUGUAUGAACUUGUCGAACUACUAUAAUUGAAUAUUCAUUGUUAGGUCUUAGUCACUGUAAUGUACGGCUUAAUAAGUCACUAGCUUUAAGCACUUGCAGUUACGAAAGGUUAUUUGUUAAACCUCUUUAUUUUUCUCUACAGUCUUAAAAGCUCCGCAGAACGUCAAAGUAUUCAGUUCCUGUUCUACCUGCUUGAGAGUGAGCUGGGAUCCAGUUUACAUUCCUGAUAUUGACAAUCCUGUAACAGGCUAUCGCCUAAUAUACCGUGACACAUCAGGGAAGGUGUACGCUAACGAACUUGGGCCUAAACAAUCCACUGUUCAUCUGACGGGUCUUGACAAGUUUUCUACAUACACGAUAACAGUGUCUGCUAUGACUGAAGCAGGAUCGGGGAGGACCAGUGAACCCAUUACUAUAGUCACGCUCGAGGACGGUUAGUUGCAUCCUCAUAUACCAUGACCCAUAAUACUAGAAAGAAUGACAUGGUCUUCCCAAAUUAUUCGUUAUAGUUUUUGUCAGUUUGCUGUUUUGUCGGUUGGUUUUGUUUUUGUUUUGUUUUUUGUUUUUGUUUUUGUUUUUUGUUUUUUUAUGUUUGCCAUCUUUUUUGUUUAUGCUUUUUCCCUAAUCACUUGUCGCGAUAAAAAAUAAGGCUCUAGAGUUCAAGUAAGUAAAGGAAAUAAAAUGGAACAGUCAAAUUAAAAAAUAUGUUAACAGGGUAAGAAACAGAGUUAUGAAAGAUGCACAUAAAUACUGACAUGUGAGUGACUUGCGGGAGUGGGUAACCAGUGGUUCCCCCUGGGGAAGAUGUCUAAGGAAAGAGCGCAGAAAAUCAACACUGAUGAGGUCUCACUACCCAGAUCUAGGUGGUGCUUAUGAUUCGUUGAAUCAAAUUUCCCUCUCGGCACGACCAAUGGGAGACACUACCCGGAUCUCAGAUAUGAACAAUAACGCGUCAUCAGUAUGGAAGUUCUGCGCUCCUUCCUCCGACGUAAUUUCGCGGGAAACCAGUGAUAUCGUCUCAGAAUGUCACAUGUUUUCUCCGACUACUCCCGACAAAAAUAACACUAUAUUGUUGGUCUUAGUCCCUAGCCGCGCCCCAGAAUCAAUCCAGGUGCAAAGCACUGGACCACGAAGUAUCUUAAUAGAGUGGAGCCCAGUCCCCCAGCAGUACGUGCACGGUAUUCUACGAGGCUAUCACGUUUACUACAAAACGGGAAAGCCCAAAGUUAAACGUUCGACAAGUCUUGUGGGGGUAAUAAAGGCCAUGUCUGUUAACAAGUCGAGUCAGAAUUUGGAAAUAACAGGCUUGGAACCCUUCACCAGCUAUGAUGUUUGGGUUGCUGCGUUCACUGAAGCGGGCAGCGGACCAUCAAGUACUCCUGUCACCGUAGUUACCGAUGAAGAUGGUAAGUACCUCACGUGACUUUUCACAUGAAAAUAGGCCCUGGGGAAAAUAUUACAAAAUUCUUUAAAUUGUCGUUUGGAUAGUGUUUUAUGUAAACCUACUUUUGCAUUAUCUUUUCUACACAAAUAGCUCUUGCGUCCGUUCGGCAAAAAUUUGGAUACUGCAGCCGGAGCCUAUGGGUAUUUGCUCCUCUACUCAGCUUGUUUGCGUCACGGUGCAAACUCAGUUGUGAGCACCUUUGUCUUUUUAAUACAUUCAGAAAUGUGUCAACGAGAGAAGUGAGUUGGAAGGAAUUCCUUUUAAAAGUUACGUGCCGUUGUAACAAAAGAGGACGGAAUAAUUACACGCUAUAGAUUUCUAUCGGUGGUAUUUUUGGAAAUCGGUCAUUGCAUGUGCAGUGGGGCAAAGAAAGAGAGAUGUAAUGUGAACCUCAGGUUUACAUGAGGCUCUAUCCAACUGGCAAUUUUGUAGGAUCGGAAGAACGGAGUUUUGAACUCAGUUUGAACUUUUCCGACUUCAAUGUGACUAACGCAGUAACCUGGAAAAUGAACUUUUUUAAAUCGACCAUCAUGCAUCUGAAACUACUUUGUUUGUCUUCGUACUAGCACCAGCUCGACCUCCACGAAUUCGUAACAUCUCAGCUAAAACCUCUGAAUCGGUGUUCAUACGAUGGGAGCCCAUUCCACAGCGACAUAUAAAAGGAAUACUGCAAGGCUAUCAAGUGCAUUACAGCGAAGAGAGCUCCCGCCUUCCCGUCUUAAAGAAGAAGAUGAUUACGGUAAAUGCAUCUGUCACACAUUCAACAUUGCACCACUUGAAGCCGAUGACCAGGUAUCGUGUUUGGAUCGCAGGCUUUACGGCAAAAGGUGCUGGACCUUCUAGCGAGAAGGAGUUUGUCUCCACGCCCCCAGCCGGUAUGUUUAGGAAAGUUGUAAUUAAUUAGGAUAUCAACUCUAACAUAUAAUACCCUAUACCGAGGCGGCAGAAGCUUUGCACCGGACACUGUAAGUUUCUUUUUCUUAUUCUUCCUUAUCAUCUUCUUCUUUUCUUAGCGAUAAAUUGAUUUUGAAGGUUUCAAUUGGGGUGCUGCGGGAGUGGGGGGGGGGGGGGGGGGGGAAGGGGAACGACCCCCUUUUGAAAAAGACCCUGUUUAAAAAAAAAAAAAAAACCCACAACCACUAAUAAAAAUAUUUAAAAACCCCCCAAAAAAACCAAAAAGAAAAAUUAUUUUAUUUUAUUUAUACAAGUACCUUAAAUACUCGCGACCUUUCUCCGUGGUGAUAGUGUGACAACAAGGACGGGAAGAUAGGAACGUGUUGCCCAGAACAGUCAUCUGCGGUACCCGAAAAACACAAGCUCCAUGUGGUUAGAAACCGGUUAGGGAGGAACGGAGCGUAGUUGCCCCCAACGGGUCUAAGGGGGUUUUCGUCAUAGUGGGGGGGGGGGUGUGGGGGGGGGGGGGGGGGGGGGGGGGGGGGGGGGGGGGGCAAGGAGAGAAACAGCUCACAUUGCAUACAACUCUGACUUGAAUAGAUAAAAAAGAUCCACAACACUUAGUAAAAUAUUGUAUACACCUCCGAAAAAUCACCAGCAGUAAAUUUGAUUACUUUAAUUUCAUAAAACCAUUUCUUAAUUACAUUCCAGUUCCAAACAGCCCUCAUAGAGUGAAGGUGUUUACAGUGACCCCAAGGAGCGUGCGCAUAACAUGGCGUAGUAAUCCGGCAACUACUAACAGCGUGACGCGUUACAUGGUAAAGUGGCUGCGUGUGGGUAAUCCCGAUGACUCCAACGUAGAUGGUCAUAAGAUUGUGAAUGCGGGCUCGCCAUACCACAGAGAAGCCCAGGUUGGUGGACUGAAGCCUUUUAACAAGUAUUCUUUCAUGGUGCGGGAGGAAGUUGGACAGGAUAACUGGAGCAAGUUUUCUAGUGCUGUGGAUGUCAUAAUGCUAGAAGAUGGUAUGUUGAAGUUCCACAAAAUUAUGCGAACUGUUUCGCCACUUAUACUAGGCUUUGAUCGAUUGUGAUCGUAAAAGUAGCAUACUAUGAGCAGUGCUGGUAUAUUUCUAAAAUUAUGCAAAUAAUUAUGCUAGUUCUUGUAAAUUAUGCUCAUUUUAGCAGAAAAUGCAGAAAUUAUGCUUCUUUUUUCUACUUUAAAUUUGGUAAAGGUACCUCAAUGACUAUACAAAAAAAGCAAGUAAAUGGCAAAUACUUUAACUUUAAUACAUCUAGAAAGAGCAUAAUUCAUCGUCUGACAAAAGGGUAUAAACAUUUUAAAAAUUAACAACCAGCAGGCGGACGCCGUCUUGGGUAGCCGAGCAAGUUAUGCGCAUGCGUAUUGAGUCUUGGGUGACUUCCUGUGAGACAUAGGUCCCAUGAAUUUGACAAUAAGCAAACAAAAAAAAUUGAUUUUGUUUCUUAAAUUUGCCUGUAACACUGAUCUCGUGCCCCCAAAAAUGGUUGAAAGGUGAGACCAAAAAAUAGUUAUUUUUGAGAGCGCAUUCGCAUUUUGGUGCCAAGAAUUUCAAAACCAGCAUUUUGAAUUGAGUUUUUACGUACACAUUUACGCGCAUUUUUGAGGAGACCACAGCAGUCCUUUGUUGCGUUUUAGAAAAUUUGACUUCUUCUAUACGUCAUGUGUAAUUUAUUUGUGCUGUAGGAUUACAGAAAAUGUAUGGAAGAACUCAAGUUUUCAAAAAAAGCAACAAAGGACUGCUAUGCACUCCAAGAUUUAGUGUGUAGUUUCUUUAAGUUUAAUUGUUACAUUAUUCAAAGGGAAAGUGACAAAUAUAUUCAAUCAGCAAGAAUUAUUUGGCUUUGUAUUCCUAUACAAACUUUUAAUUUUUCCACCAUCUUGUCCUGAUUACCCAUCAUGCCGCUACAAUCGUGGUAAGUUCGAAUUUUGUUUGAUAUGGUUCGAUAUAAUGCUUGGGAGGUACAUUUCAAUUCAAAGUGGGCAGACGGCAAAUUGUUGCUGCUCGAAAUAUGGUAACUGUUUGAGACGAAGCUGUGGUUUUGCCAUUCAAAAGAACAAGGACACAUAGCUGGCAUUAUUAACAAAAUGAACUUUACAACCGUGACACAGCGUCUGUAAGCGUAAAUUAAAGAUGUGGCAGUCAUUUUUCUCACCCCCUCGCCUUUUACAAGAGUCGAGUCCAAUUUUUGGGAUCGACGAGACAAAAUUCAGGAGGUUUUGUCAAUACUUGAAAACUGGUCUUACCUAAGUUUGUAUGUAUCCCUUUUAGCUCCCUCGCCUCCUCGUGAAUUAUCGGUCAAGCUUAAGGAAGGAACUCGUCUGAUUCUGCAAUGGAGGAAACCUGAAGAAACUAAUGGAAUUAUCAAGAAAUACGAAAUUCAUUUUACAGACGAUGACGGCGCAACUAAAACCUACACUUCACACCCUGAUCUAAAAAAAGAAUAUCUAACAUAUGAAGUUUCUCUUACUGAUGUCCAGAUGGAAUACGAGAUAAAGGUUUGGAAAAGAUAUAUUAUUAUAAUGAAAGGUCAUGAAAAACGUUCAAAAUCAAAGGCUUUCGUUGUUUUCUGUUAGAAAGGUUUUUUAUAUCGUUUGUCUCACGAUAGUUCGCCCAAUCAAAGGUAUUUUUUUGCCAGUAAAAUCAGGAAUCCUAGGCAUUGGAAUCCGGAAUUCCGCUAACCAUUGUAAACCAGAACCCAAGUUCCACUGACAAGGAAUCUGAAAUUCACUCCAGUACCUGAAAUCCGGAAUCUACCGCUUGGAUUCCAGACUCCAACAAUGCCUUUGAUCACCUUACAUGAUCUAACUGGCAUCGAGAUUUGCUCACCGAAGCUAACUUUGAAAAUAAGACCGUAGGACAAAAAAAAUUCAAAACGCCUAGAGUGGAAAGCAAAGUGAGAAAGGCCCUUUAAUUACGCCUCACCAGCACCAUUGCUGGUUUGAACAUGACGUCACGACGACCAUGUUGGUGGCCAAGAACAACCUCUGGGAACUAAACUCUAUAGACCUAUUCGGCUAACUCAAUGUUGUACCCAAUUCAAAUCUCCCGGGGAUAAGAUUCUUUGUGUUUUGUAUUUGCAUUACAAUGUAGCAUUCACAUUAUGAUAUGGAAAUUCCUGAAACAAUACGUUUUAUUCCCAAAGGGUUUGAAUUGGGUACAACAUUGAGUUAGCCGAAUAGGUCUAUUUUCAUGAAAAUUCUUCGACAAAAAAUUCUAUUGUAUUGUCCCUCAACAUGGCCGUCUUGCCUCGUGGUUGUAAACCAAGAACUGUUAGGUAUAUUACUUUACCCUUUACACCCAGGUACAAGCCCAUAACUCGUUACCAGGACGAAUGAGUGAGGAGAUAACAGUGCAACACCAGCCCAAUAUUGAAACGUCUGAAGGUAACAAACGUACAUAUAAAAGAGGAUAUGUUUUGUCCAGCAUUAGUUCCUCUAAAGGGGGGAGGUACCCAACAAAGUUUUAUGCUGGGAGGCGACGCCCCGAGGUCCAUCCCCUUACCCUUUAAUAAACCAUUUUUGACAGAAAAGGUGACCCUUUUGUAUACCUUUUAUUAAACAAUGGUAACCCUUUUACAUACUUAAGUUUAGAACACUGAAUUCCUUUUAACUAGGUGCUUUCGAAGACCGCAAUGACAGAUUUCCCUACCCUUUCAUAUACCAGAAGCGUGAAAAAGGUACCCCUUUCGGGCGGAGCCUUCCCGUAUAAGUCAUUAUAAGAAGCAAGUACACCUCCUCCAGAACACUAGUCAACAUUGACCAGAGUUAGGUGCCCUCAUUACCGUCAAAUCGUACCUUGUUAGGGUGUCUUUGGAGGCAAAACAACGAGCUCUUUUUGGUGUGACUACAGUAUCAAAAAAAUAACUGUAAUGUAUAAUCUAUAAUGGUCUGCGACAGUCUGUGACGCGGCCGGAAGCGGUAUGUGUCGCCGAUAUUCAGACGAUUCCAGGCACUACAGGCAAAUGUAGGCACAAUUAUUUUAGUGUAAAAGGUAUACCAUGUAUGUUAAACUCAAUUUUGCGAACAUCGCGUCUGGCAUUAUGUGGCGUGUAUGACGUGAAGCAUUUCAUGGAUUGUCAGUCGUGUUCCUGAUCAAAUAGAAACCACGCUUUAGAAGGAAAGGUUCGACUGUACUUUACAUAUGGCUGAAAAUAACAAAAUUUUUUACCGGAUUGAAAUAAACUUUUCAGCACACAUCAAGAAUUUGCGUAGUCCUCCUGUAGGUAAAAAGCUUCACUUAAAGUUCUGAACGAAUAAGCACUAAUCGAUGUUUUCCUUUCACUUUCUUUGGACUCAUUGAACCUCUAUGCAGCUCAAAAACCUGAUCCUUUUAAGUCUAAUUUAAUAUGGAUCGUGGCUGGUCUGGUGGGAGCGAUUCUAAUGCUGGUGAUAAUUGCUGCAUUAUUUCUCAUCAGGUACGUAUACCUUUUUCUCUUUUCUCUUUCCUUUUCUUUAAUUUUAGUUUCUCUUCUUUUCUUGUCCUUUUUUUUCCCUCAAAACAUUAAACACUGUUGCAGCCUGCCCCACUUAAGGAUAUCCAAGACAGUCUUGGAUUCUGGAUUCCAAGCCGUAGAAUCCGGUUUGCAGGUACUGGAUUCUAGUCUCUGUCAGUGGAACUUGAAUUCUGGAUUUCAAUCGUUAGCGUGAUUCCGGAAUCUUGAGCUGCAUUCCGGAUUCCAAAGCCCAGGAUUCUGGAUUCCAUAAGCAAAGUUUUCCCGGAUUACGGAUUCCAGAAGAAAAAAUUUCCUGGAUUCCAGAAUCCACAUUCCCUUACAAGGGGCAAAGACUGCAGAAGUUAAUAGGUUUUGGCCUGAAAUAAAAAACAAGAAUAGAAAGACUGGAAAUAAAAGGAUAAGUUAAAUUUUUAGGUCAUUCCCAGAUGUUGUUUAAAAACCUUGAGCGCCAUACAGAGCACACAACGUACAUGUGUUGACGCAAACACAAUAUGAAAAUCAGGCAUACGAAACACUCAUGUUUGGAUACCCCUGAUUCAAACCAACGCAGAUUCAAGCACAGGCAUACUUCUAUCAAACAGACAUGGAAAAAAACGAGGCCGUAAACGUUAGAGAUAGCGCUGCAAAUAGUCGUAUGCAACAACGCACAUCGAAGAGCAAGUGCGUGUGAAAAAGCGUGUAAAAAUUUGCGUUUGCGUUUGCGUUAACUCUUGCGUCUCAAUGAUAACAAACCUUAAAUUGGAAGUUUUCAAGUUGUAUGUUGAGAUGUUCUGUUUGCUUUGUUUGUAUGUUUAUUUUUUUUUUAUUAGUGCUGUUGUCGUUAUUUUACAAACUAAAACAAUCCUCAAAACGAAACUCAUCUUUGUGAAACUGCGUUUUCUUGCAGGCAAAAUUCAAAGAAGUCUAAAGAAAAACUUCAUAAACGUAAGUAAAUUUCCGUAAUCUGCAGCUUGAGGCUCACUGAAAAUCUAUAGUGGUACAAUCAUAAUACCAGCAAAACUGGCGGUGCGCUUUUAUAUUAAAGCGACUUUUCGGAAACAGCAAAAUGUUUUGUUUGUUUGUUUUGUUGUUGUGCUUGUUUUUUUUGUUUUGUUUUUUUUUAAGUAACUUAAAGGUAUUCAAAUGAACUCGAUAUCCUUGAGCGGGCGCUUUCGUUAAUUAAUCCUGAAUUAACUGCUGUAUACUACAGAAUUGCACUCUUUUACGCGCGUAAUGCAAUAUCUAAUUUAUUAUUCUCCGUUUACCCGGCAACUGAACGUUAACUAGAUGCUGCUGCUGAGUUAUUUUCAAUUAUGUUUUCACUUCUUUCAAUCUCUAUGAAUUUUCUUUUCGUUUUAUCAACCAUUUCGAGAGAGAGUGAAACGCCGAACCACACGAGUGCAUCUUUGCAUCGAGUGCCUCAAUCAGUUGACGAAAUAAUAUAUAACAGACGGAAUCAAUGCUCUUAAGCCUAGUAUCAAUGGAAACUGAGUACCUGCAAAAAUAUUUUCGAUUGUUGAUCACGCAAAGAUCACCUCCACCCGUCUUUUAUUUUUGCGUUGUCUUAUAUGGAAUGGUUCUUAACCGAGAUUGCUUGUAAAGGUCCCAAAAGAUUAGUCUUGCACGUAGAUUGUCUUAUGUCCCGUCAGUCCUCACGAUUGUGCAAAAUUGGCUGGUAUUAUUUAUAGGAAAUAUUAAACACUUAAUGACUGGUCACGAGGGUAACUGUUAAUUUUGUUUCCCAAGAAUCUCAAUGUUUUCCGAGGUGGAGCCGAGGGAAACAAUGAGUUUCGACGGAAACAAAAUUAACUGUUACCCAAGAGACCAGUCUUUAGAGUGCGACUGCUGUAACUGGGGCCAUCGACAAAGUUGACCAGUCGGAUUAUUGGAAAAUAACAAUACAUUCCAAGAAAGUUGGUUGUGGGCCAAUCAGCAGCUCGUAAAAAAACACUAAGUUGCUCGAAGCACAAAAUUUUAUGUUGAUAGCAAAAGUUUUCCAGGAAAGCAAACUGUUUCACCAGGCAAAUUGUUUUUCUAUUCGAAACUUUGCAUACAACACCCACGAGACAUAUUUCUUUGACACGAGCAGUUAUUUUGACCAGCAAUUUCUUCGCUUCUAUUACCGCGCUUUGCAAUAACAUGCGACCGCAAGUCAAAAAUAUAACUAUCGUUGACGUUUUUCGCUUUCGUCACUCACUCUAACGAACCUCUCGGGAAACAUGUGCUUUCUUUAGCAGGUUCAAAAAGUCAUGUCUGUAGGUUGAAAUUGGUUGAUUUCAAUCCAUAUUGAUGUCGUUUAUUUCGGGGGCCCGGCUCUAGUAUUCGCUCUGUAAGUAAUUUGUUAUAUAGCUGGAAAUUUUGAAGCUGGAAUUUCAUUAAAUCUCGCAGUAACGGCAAUGCUGCCCUCUGACGUCAUAGAUUUUACAAUGUUACUUUGCUCAUGAGAAUUUGGCGGGAAACAGUGUUAUCGAUGUUAUGUAACCUUGAAGUAACCAAUGAGAGCGCGCGCUUUUAGGAAAAAACUUCCAGCUUGAUGACAAUGCCCUUUUUACGAACGUGUAAAUAAUCUCGUAUAACAAGGUUAAAGAUGCAUCUUUUGAAAACAAUGAGCUUUUUCUUGCUUUACAGUGUCUCUCAUUUCCACGAGCGCCCUUCCCAGUCGACCUAUUCCAGUAAAAGAACUGCCCGAGCAUUGUGCUCGUUACCAUGCCAACAAUAACGCUUUAUUUAAUGACGAGUUUAAGGUAUGAAAUCCUUAUUUCUUAGAGUGUAGAGGGACUAGCUAGUUUAUAUUUUCUUAAUUAUUUCAAUUAUCCGUCCUUAUUCGCUAUAGAAUUUGAGGAAUUUCUUGCAAAUUACAAAAUCACAGCCUUAUCUCCCAAGCAUUGAUACAAACAACAAAAAUGAAUCGUUUGAAAAAACCUAGAGGCUAACAAGUUAUCAAACGCCACAAUUGGAAUCUGUUUCAAUCUUCUUCAAAAUUUUUCACCAGUAGCGCGUUGGAUGAUGGGAAGAGGGAAUUAGACUCUCUUCUUCUCUUGUCCCUUCCCAUCGUCCCCCGGGUUUUUUUUCCUCUUCCUAACCUCCCUGCGACUAAACGAAGGCUUUCAUAAAAGGGAGAGGCGCCCACCAACUCAUAGAAGAACGCACUUAAUUUCCGCUUUACCUUUUUUUGUGACGUCGCUAAGACUGAAACAGGCUCCAAGACCGUCAAAAACACCCGGUUAUCUUCGAUUAUAAUCAUUUAAUAGUUUUCUACUGUGAAAGGUUUGAACACAGGAGUUAUUUCUUAAGUAGGUUGAGUAUGAUUGUCCUGGUUAACGAAACGCACUUGAAUUUCGAAACGCACCAAUGACAUUACUAGUUUCCGCAGUCAAGAACAUCACAGCUUAACUGACAGACAACCAAUAAAAUCGCAACUUAAUUAACUAAUCAGAACAAUAACCAGAGUUUAAUACCAUCAACUGACGUGAUACAACUCACUUUGACUCUGAAGAUGACUACCGCAAAGGUUGUCGAAACGUCAGUCACUGUCCACAACAACCCUAUUCAGGACUAUGUUCACCCAGACGAUUAUACCCAACCUACUUAGUUUUCUAUACUGUUGUACAUAGAAAAGCUACCACUCACAUUUUUUGUUUCUGACCUUAGUGCCUUGAUAAACUAACUUGGAAAUCAUCCUGGGAAGCGAGUCAAGAGGGCCACAACCGAGCCAAAAACCGAUACUGUAAUAUUGUGGCGUGUAUGUUCCAAUGCUCCUUAUUGUUGCAGUGUUUGUAUUGUUGAUUUGUAGUAAUUUGUUCAAUAAAUUAAUAGGCCAUUUGCACGAUGAUGUCCUUUCACCACUAAGACCAGAAUUCAUUUCUUUUUUUUUUCUUUUUUUUUUCACAUUCGAAUUUGGAGGUUGUUUGCCAUUUACAUGGGCAAACCGGUAGGUCCACGGUUUGGGCAAAUGGUAGGCAAAAUUCAGGACUGGAAAAUUUCCUCCCAAUCAGUUCCAUUACUGAAAAAGGACCGCGAAAGCCUGAAACUGGUAUCAAAGACGGCUUUGGAGAAAUGGAUCACGAAUUUCAGUUUGAAAUAUUCCGUCCAGAAAAACAGGACUACCUUUUCAGAUGUUCCGUUUCUCCCGGGAAUUUUCCGUCGGAACGACUCGAAAAGCCGUGUUCCAUUUACUUUCCAGCCGGAUUUUCUGGAAAACGUUUUGUAAAUGGUAAACAACCGAUAAUUCCGGUGAGGAAUAAAAAAACCAACGAAGGAUUCAGUAGCCUCGCACCUCUUUAAAACCUCUUUUACUGAUUUAAUUUGAACUCCAUGGGUCGCCAAGGAUUCUUGUAGCAGAAAUAAAGUCACGCCAUCGUGCAAUUGGCCUAUAUUACACAAGUUUCUACUCACAUUUACGCACAGGAAGUUUCCACCAACAUUUAAUUAAGGUUUGCGUGGAUUGUCGAGGGCAAACUUCAAUUUUCUCAUCAAAGACAGCAAAUGAUAUGAAAGUAUUGGUGAAGUUUUUUUCACUUUACGAAAGUUAAUGACACAAUCAAACCCCGCUUUACGGAGAACCGCUUUUAAGUCAGACACCUCAUCGACGCGGACAGUUUGCUUUGCCUCUUGGGAAAAAAGCCUCUAGAUUUUCUCCAAAUUCAGCCUGCUUAAUCAGACACCCAGCUAAUAUGGACACUUUCUAUGGCCCCCUCAAUAUCCGUAUUAAAGGAGUUUGACUUUAUUGAAAACUGUUUUGCUUUCUUGGUGUUAGGCAGUAUGCGCUAUGCGCAUGGAACUCCACUAGUAACUAUCUACGCUAAACUGAUAAUCUGAAAAUAUGUCUUUUUUAAUAUGUAGAUGAUCACAGCCGUGUGAUACUGAAAUCUGUAAGAGAUUCACCAGGAUCAGACUACAUCAAUGCUAAUUAUGUGGAUGUAAGUUAAUCAUUGAACCCGCAUAUUGACAUCUUUUACAGUUAUACCUCCACUGAAAACAAAGAAACCAUAACUUAUUCGAAUAAACAUAGAAGUUCAUAAGUAAAAAACUACAAGAAAAUUGCUUCUCUCUGCUUUGAAACUCCAAAUUAUUGGAAAAAUCAUUACGUUUAUUAUUAUUAUUAUUAUUAUUAUUAUUAUUAUUAUUAUUAUUAUUAUUAUUACUACCAAUAAUCCUUUUACGGGAAUGUUGACGCUUGUCAAAAGUGGCAGCAAUGAAUAAUGGCAGUUACCAGAUACUAACACUCUAUCCGCCUAGAUUAGCCCUGAUAUUUAAAAUAAAGUUGAUAUUCUGGUACAUUAGCAUUCUCUUUCCACUUCUCAAAAGAAAGUUGGAAUUUAAGGUUAUUUAUAACAGUUUUACGUCGACGUUUUUACAGUGAUAAUAUUCCUGGUUUUCUGUAAAAUCCUGUAAAUAUUUUUGAAUUUCACUGUAGGGUUACAGCUCUCCAGUCAAGUAUAUUGCAACCCAAGGUAAAAGUUUUUUUUCUAUUUUACCAUUUGUAAGUUUUCGUCCAGUCUUUUAAUUAACCUAGAUGAAUCUUCUUUUUUCUUUAUAGGACCUUUGAAAAACACAUUGAACGAUUUCUGGCGAAUGAUUUGGGAGCAAAACGUUAAAACAAUAGUCAUGAUUGGUAUGCAAAACGAG